AUGCGCCUCGUCCACCUCCACAUCCCCGACAUAACCUCCUUCAGCCGCGUCUCGGCCCUCCAACAAACCCUCACGACCCGACUCCUCGCCCACAAAAAGACCCUCCAUCCGACCUCCCCACCCCCCGAUCCCACCAUCAUCACCUUCACGCCCAACCCAGUCUACACGACCGGUCGACGCGACCUCCCCCCCUCAAACACCUGCCCGUCAUCGACCUCGCUCUCCCUACCCCCAUCUCUCGAACCAAUUCGCUCGCUCCUAAUCGCGCCGGGAACGGCCUCCACCUCCAGCUCGAAUUCCCCCGCGGAAAAGAAAGCAGAAUACCACCCCACCCUCCGCGGCGGACAAACGACGUACCACGGACCCGGGCAGAUGGUCGCAUACACAGUGCUAGAUCUCCGACGUCUAGGACUCACGCCGCGGUGCCACAUCCGACUCCUCGAGAACAGCGUGAUCGACGUGCUACGCGGCUACGGCAUCACGGGCCAAGUGACAGAGGAUCCGGGCGUGUGGGUGCCUGCUCCUGAGGGCGAGACGGGGCCAGCGAAGAAGAUAACAGCAGUGGGGGUGCAUCUGCGACGGAAUAUCAGUUCAUAUGGGAUUGGGUUCAACGUGACGGAGGAGCCGAUGUGGUAUUUUAGGCAGAUUGUGCCGUGCGGGUUGGAGGGGAGGGAGGCGACGAGUUUGCAUGGGUUGGGGGUUAAGGAUGUUGGGGUGGGGGAGGUGGCCGGGGGGUUCGUGGAGGCCUUUGUGAGGAGGUUGAAUGCGGAUUUUGCGUGCGGGGGGAGUGCGACGGGGGAGAAGGUGGAUGAGGUGUAUACGGUUGGGGAGGAGGAGUUGAGGGGGAGUGAGUGA